GUAGAGAACAUAACGUAGCGGUGACCGAGUGAAGUGGAAAGUUGUUUCAGUUUUGACCGGAUCGUGUUUGGUGAGAGUAUAUGAGUGUGUUUUCAAUCGUACGAUAAUAGAUAAAUAAAGGUGGUGCGUGAAAGUGUUUUUAUAUAAUCGAUAAUUUUGGAACAACUUCUUCAGUUAAUAAAUAGUAAUGAUGUUUUUAAAGGAAGUGCUGGUAUGGUUAGUAAUCACCUUAAUCGGGACAAAUUCCCUGCCCCAAGGUGCUCCAGAAAAAAUAUGUCGAUCAAUGUUACCAGAGCAUCCAGGAAGUCUGCCACAAAACAGCGUUUCACCAUUUUCGAUAGUUCCAAGGAGGCUCCAAGGAAAAGUGAUUGUGGUAGUAAGGUCUCUACUGGGCACCCCUUUCCAAGGUUUCAUGAUACAAGGGCGAAGUCCCGAUGGAAGAAUAGUAGGUACAUUCGAAAACAUGGGUGAAUUUGCCCACACAAUAAAUUGUGACAACGAAAGGGAUACGACUACUCACAGUUCUCCAAAUCCAAAAAAUGUUCUGGAAGUACAAUGGACUCCACCACCAGGAUACGAUGGACCAAUUAUUUUCAAUGGAACUAUAGCUCAAGACUAUGGAAUUUAUUGGGUUGGAGUACAAUCAGAACCAUUUCGUCCAAGUUCAUCUAUGGUAGAUGAUGACGUUCCACAAUUAUCGAGUCCCUCAUUUUUCAAUACACCACCCACAUUCGUGAAGAAAGUUAAACAAGAAUCUGCUAUGGAUUUCGAUCCAUUUUACACAGGUUGUGCCUCUACAAAACUUUGUUUCGGAAGUCCCAAUGGUUGCGUUAAAACUGAAAGCUGCAAAGCGGUUGUUGCUGUUUCAGUUGCUGGGGAUAAGUUCGAUUUCGAACUGAAAGGUUACCAAGGUGCUAAAUGGGUUGGUGUGGGGCUUUCUGAUGAUAAUAAAAUGGGAAGUGAUUCAGUCAUUGAAUGUGCCUUAAGUAAUAACACUUUAGAUUCCUUCCUGAGUUGGACUACAGGAAAGGGUAAUUAUGGUGCGACAAGAACGAAAAAUCAAUUAGGGAUCCGCUUAUUGAAUCAUAGCUUCAUCAAUGAUGUCAUAUACUGCAAAGUUAGAAGAGAUGCAAAAACUCUGGUAAAUGGUUUAGAAUUCGACUUGUCGAACAAAAAGUAUUAUUUACUGGUUGCAGCUGGUUAUAGUGCUACAGGACAAGGGGUCGGUUACCAUGAUGUAACCUAUCUGCCAUCAGGAAGUCUACUGUCUUUAGCUGAUGUAUCAGAAGUAGAAGGAGCUUCCAGAAUUUUGAUUCGCAUACAUGGAGCGUUUAUGUUAGCAGCUUGGAUCGGAGCUGUAUCAAUAGGUACCUUAUUAGCCAGAUACUAUCGUAAGACUUGGACGGAUAGCUCUAUGUGUGGUAAAGAUGUGUGGUUUGGUUGGCAUCGCUUGUUGAUGAUGUUUACAUGGGCUCUCACUAUAGCUGCAAUUGUUUUAAUUUGGGUUGAACUGGGAACAUGGUCAAAUGAGCUGCCUCAUGCCAUUCUUGGUACGAUUACGACUAUUUUAUGUUUUUUGCAACCCAUUGGAGCAUUCUUUAGACCUCACCCUGGUGCCUCCAAGAGACCUCUCUUCAAUUGGAUGCAUUGGCUGGGUGGAAAUUUGGCUCAUAUUGCGGCAAUUGUCGCCAUAUUCUUUGCUGUCAAAUUGGGAAAAGCUGAACUUCCACAUUUUGUUGACUACAUACUGGCAGGAUAUGUUGUGUUCCAUGUGAUUGUUCAUCUAUCAUUGUCGGUAAUGGGUUGUUUAUCAGAAAGAUCCUCCGAUGGAAGAGUUUCCUCAUUUCCAAUGAAGGAUUUGAAUACAAGUAGAAAUACAACUCACAUGAAUAGCGGUGAUUAUCCGUAUGGAGUAUUCAGGAAAGCUAUGUUAUGGAUUUAUGCAACUGUAGUUAUUGUCAUCACUAUUGUACUUAUUCUUAUAACUGUUUUGGCACCGAUCGAAGAAACUUGGAAAACUUUCCGCAAUAGGAAUGUUUCGUGAAAAUGAUCUGAUUGUUUUAUUUCAUAGAAGUCUGCUGAAAUAUACCAUUUUUUUCAACAUUGUAGAAUGAUGAAGAAUAUUUAUGUUACCGAUAUUAUUGAGUUUCAUUGUUGAGGCUUAAUUUUAUCAGUUGGUAAUUGACAACUCGUUGAAAAGUAUUUCAUUACAAUUGAAUACCAUUACAUAAUCUGUUUUUGACAUACAUUGUUGGUUUUAUCAUAAAGUUAUAUAUUAUUUUAUAUUAUAA